UCAUGAUUCCAUAUGAGUUGUCUCUCAGAUCUUAGUGGGAUCAGUUGCAAACCCACAUAUGCUCAGAUCCUUAUAGCUUCUUCGGUUGGAUUAAUGGUCGCUGCUGCGAUGCAUUAUCGGCUGAAGAAAAUACGUGACAACAGGAUCAUACCGAAGAUGAGAAUUCCAGAAUCCGGGCAAGUCGUUAAGCUCGAGAAAUUCUCAUAUUACGUAGCUAGACAAAUGGGAUUUGCAGAUAGAAGGCAGUGUCCGACCCUGUGCAAGUUAGCUUCUGAAUACCUUAGGAAAUCAGAAGGGUGUGAGGAAGAGAUAUAUAACUUCUUUGCCUGCGAGCAAGAGGCCGAUUCGCUCUUCAUAAAGCUGGUGGAAGAGUUUGAGAGGUGCAUUCUCAGUUACUUCGCCUUUCACUGGUCCCAAGCUCCUUACAUGGUCAGCCAGGUACCUAUUAACAGGAACAUCCAUGUUCCUUGCACAAUAAUGUCUCAGGUGCUGAGUACUGAUUCCGAGCCCAAAAAGAAGCUCAAGCACAUUGUGAUGGCAGCCACAAGGGAACAGAGGAUUGAAAGGGUAACCAAGAACUUGAAAGUUGCAAGAGUAUUCACAACAUUGGUGGAGGAGAUGAGAGCCAUCGGACUGGUAUCUACUGAUGAUUCACGGUGCACGGAUGUGAUGGUUCCUAUGGCUCACAAAGACAGAAGUCCGGUCCUCCUCCUUAUGGGGGGCGGGAUGGGGGCUGGGAAAAGUACAGUGCUUAAGGACAUUCUCAAAGAACCAUUCUGGGUGGGGGCAUCAGGAAAUUCUGUUGUAAUAGAAGCAGACGCCUUCAAGGAGUCAGAUGUCAUCUACAAAGCCCUAAGCUCUAGUGGCCAUCAUGACAUGCUUCAUACUGCUGAAUUGGUGCACCAAUCAUCUACUGAUGCAGCAUCAUCCCUCCUAGUAACAGCACUCAAUGAAGGACGAGAUGUGAUAAUGGAUGGCACACUCUCCUGGGUGCCAUUUGUUGUACAAACAAUAACGAUGGCCAGAAAUGUCCAUCGAAGGCGUUACCGCAUGGGAGCAGGUUACAAGGUUGAUAAAGAUGGAGUUGUCACUGAAAAAUACUGGGAACAGAUAGAUGAAGAACAAGAGAGUAAUGGAUCCAAAAAGAGAAGACCAUACAGGAUAGAGUUAGUUGGAGUCGUAUGUGAUGCUUAUUUGGCUGUUGUUAGAGGCAUAAGGAGAGCCAUCAUGUGUAGAAGAGCAGUCAGGGUGCAAUCACAGUUAAGAUCACACAAGAGAUUUGCAAAUGCAUUUACAACGUAUUGCCAGUUAGUAGACAAUGCCAGAUUAUAUUCCACAAAUGCUUUAGAAGGACCAGCCAAGUUGAUAGGAUGGAAAGACAAAGACAAGACCCUAUUGGUAGACCCAGAGGAGAUAGGUAUUUUAAAACUCGUAGGCAGAUUAAAUGAGGAAGCAGACUGCAUCUAUGAUCUCUACAAACGCCCACAUCCAGCUUGUGAAAGAGGGUCAAUUUGGAAAGACAUAGUUUUGUCGCCUUCAAGGUUGAACAUACAAAAAGAGCUGAAGUAUUCAAUCCAGAAAAUUGAAAGGUUGAGAGAGUAAGCUAACCUACAACUGUGACUCGUUA